AGGAUUUUGAUUAUUAAUUAUUUAUUUGUUAUAGCAAAUUAAAAUAUUUGAAAUGAAAUAUUUUAAAAUUUUAUUUACGACAAUAUUUAUUUUAAUUUAUUUAUUACCUGUUUGUCUACCUUUUGAACGAAAUUUGAAUUCAGUUUAUGAAGCUUUUAAUAAUGACGAACCUCCGAAAUGUGAAGUACCAGAUGUUGAUGGUAAAAAAAUUGAAGUUUUAUGUUUUAAUGUUAAAGAAUUAAUUAGCGGACCAUUGAUUCAUCAUUUAGAUGAUGGUUAUAGUUUAACUAAUACUAAAAAUUUUCAAUUACAUGAAGAACAAUGUAUUCGAAAAGCUGCUGUUAUUAUAAUACGUUGUAAAAUUGGUUAUGAAAAUAUUAAAUAUGAAUCAGAUAAUUAUAUGAAUAUUUGUAUAAAUGGUGAAUGGGAAUAUGAAAAAAAUGAUAAUAAUGAUUGUAAAUUAAUAUGUGGCGAAAAAACUAAAAUGGAAAUUGAAAAACCAGUAACAAAACCAUUAAUAUAUCAUGGAAAAAUGGCUAAGUAUGGUUCAUCACCAUGGCAUGUUGCUAUUUAUAAAAAUGUUUCAAAUAAUAUUGAGCAAAUAUGCGGUGGGAGUAUUAUUCAUUCUAAUAUUGUAAUAUCAGCUGGACACUGUUUUAGAGAUAUAAAAAAUAUAAUUAAAAAUAAUGGUUUUUCAAAAUAUAUAAUUGGAGCUGGUAAACAUAUACGAGAUUAUAGUGAUUACGAAGAAACAGAACAAUUUCGUGAUAUAGAAGAAGUAAGGGUACCACCAACAUACCAAGAAAAUCCAUUACGAAGUGAUAUUGCAAUUAUAAUUCUUAAAACUCAUUUUAAAUUUACAUCAUAUAUAAGUCCGGUAUGUAUGGAUUGGGAUGUAUAUAAACCAGAACCAAUUAAAAAAGGAUAUUUAACACAUCUAUUUGGAUGGGGUGCUACAUCAGCUAAAAAAUCAGAAGUUUCAAGUAGAAAAUUACUUACAGCUGAACUUGAAACUAUAACAAAUGAAGAAUGUAAACAAAAAAUUGAUAGAAAUUCAAAAUCAGAAAUAACUGAUGAGAGACUUUGUGCUGUUAAUUUAAGUAAUUCAACAGCAUGCGAAGGUGAUAGUGGCGGUGGACUUAUUUUAGAAAGACAUCAUUUUAGUUUAAUUGGUAUUGUUAGUGUUGGAUUAAAUUUAAAAAAUUAUUGUUCAGAUGGAUUUAUAACAGUAUUUACAAAUGUUCAAUAUUUUCAUGAUUUUAUUAAAAGGAUUAUUACAGAGACGAGAAAUAAAGAGUACAAUAUAAUUGGCUUAAACUAAAAAUUAAAUUUAAAUUAAUUGAUACUUGUGAUUUUGUGUGAGUUUAUUAUUAAAAGGUUGUGAUAAUGAAAGAAAAUAUAAUUGAACAAAUUUUUGGGUAUUAUUUUAUAUUUUACAUAAAA